GAUCUAAGUGAAUUUGAAAACCUUGCAUUUUACGAGCAUCAGGUUUAUGGUCAUGCGUUUAACGGCAAUAUAGGUGCUCCAGUUCAUGAAAAACUGCGAACUGGUGCUAAAGAUAAUUUUCAAGGAUUUUUAUUUAAAGUCUUUAGGGUAUUAAAACCAGGUGGUUGGUUAGAAGUUGGGCAUGCAGUUCAUGUUAAUGAAUCUGUUCGUGGGCCAGCCCUUACACGAUUAGUUAACGCAUAUGCUUCGUGGCAUGAGAAAUAUGGAUUUAACCUUGAUCUAAUAUUAAACUUAGAAGAUCACCUUCAAAUGAUUGGAAAAGCUGAAUUUAUAUCAUCUCGAACAAUAGACUUCUCAGUAAGAAACGAUCAUUUUGGAGAGUUUUCUUAUGAAAUUUUUUCAUACUAUAUAAAGCUUUCGAAAGAAUUUAUUGCUCCUAUUAUGGGAAUUUCACUUGAAGAGUAUGACCACUUGUUAGGAGAAAUUGAAAAUGAAAUGAAAGAACGAUGUGGCAAAAUAUUUCGUAAACACAAAAAAGUAUUUGCAAGAAAGAAAGAUAUGGGCGUUCUUAAGGACGCUUAA